AAGUACGACUCCACCCCAACCACCAGAUUCUUACGAUACGUUAACGUUAUUUCCAAAAUUUCAUUCCACAACGCGUCUCUUUGUCCAAAGAAACCAACAACCUUCGCAAACAGGCGCUGUCGCUCUGCUCGCGCUGAAAGGUACUCGUCUGCGUCACUGAUUUCGGUAUUUGACGAUACCCGAUCCCCGCUGAAGCGGGCAGUCGAUCAACCAUGCCCCGUCACGUCGACCAAGAUGUACACGCGGCGUUCGUGGAAUUUCGCGCUGGACAGGAUGACAAGUGCAUGUCCGUCCAAUGCAUCUACUGCCAGCAGGUUCGGGCGAAAAACACCACCCGCCAGAAGCAGCACCUUCUUCAGUGCACCGGCUACCUCAACGCCCAUCCCGAUGUUGCCCUCCAGGCGUCAGCAGUAGCAGCCGGCGGUCCAGCUCCGGAUGGAUCCUACGCGCCCGAUGAUGUCUCGGGCCAGCACACCACCCUGAGCUUCAUGCCAAAUCCGCGCAUCAAUGCAUCGCCAAACCAGGACCAGGGUCGCCCGUCGCUGGGACCGGACGGAACGCCUGCACCAAAGAAGCAGAAGACCAAGCAGUCAUCCGGGUCUAACAUGCCCGAGAUUCCUCUGCGCGACGUCCAUGCUGCUUUCGUCGAGUUCAAGGCCAAGGAGGACGACAAGUGCAUCUCUGCGCGCUGCAUUUACUGCAACCAAGUUCGCGCAAAGAACACGUCUCGCCAGCGGGAGCAUCUGCUGGUGUGCCCCGGCUACCAGCCGGUGCUCAAGGAAAAGAUCCCUGCCAACCACCUCCGCCAUCAGUUCGACGAGGAUGAUGUUGCGAGCUCGUUGGCUAUUCCCGCCCCGGCACUUAAUCUCGACUUCCGCAUGAGCAUCAGGGUCAAGCCGAAGAUUACCGUAGGCGGAGGCGCCGGCAACAAUGGCCGGCAGAGCUGGAUCUCGUGCGUCGGUGGCCAGUGGGCCGGUCGCUGGGGCAAAGGCGUCCUUCUGCCGGGCGGUCAAGACACCCAGAUUAUGGUAAAGGACACCGCGACGCAGAUCGACGCCCGGUACCUCAUGCAGACCAGCGAUGAGCAUCCCGCCGUUAUCAUCUGCAAGAUCAAAGGCUGGUGGACCGGCGACCGUGAUGUCAUGGAGAGGCUGCAGGAUCCGGUGGCUGCGGAUAAUGUCGCUGCCCACCGCUACCAGCUCCGAGUGACUAUGGAACUCGAGACGGGCGACGAGCGGUACCAGGAUCUCAAUACGGGUCUGUGGAUUGGAAGCGGAUGUCGCCGGGGUGCAGAGAUUGUGUACGAUGCUUACCGGACUAACUGAGCGUCUUCUUUGCCCUUUUUCCUCUUAUUCUAGGUCCGGCCGUUUACCUUCUAUUCUCGAUUUCCACGGUUAACAGGCUGUCUUCGGUCAUGCAUUUUCACGCUGAGUUUUAUGGCAUCGUGGGAUACGGAAAG